ACAUAUAUAUACACACACAACACAUAUAUAUAUAUACACAAACAUAUACCAUAAAUAUAUCAAAAUCAAAGAUCACAAAAACCCAGAGAUAUAACAUUGAAAAACAUUAUAGAAGAAAAAAAUUAUAUCUUUCUAUAAAUAUAAGUAAUAAUUAUAAGAAAGAAUAGAGAUUUAAAAAAAAAAAACCCUAAUUUUGAAAAAACAAACCAAAAAAAAUGAUGACAUGAGUGGAGUAUGGCUAAGGAACACGAAACGAGCGUGCAACCAUGGUGCACGUUAGAGGAACUCUUACUAGCGUGCGCCGUUAACCGGUACGGCACCAAGAACUGGGACUCCAUCGCCAUGGAAAUCUCUAACCGAACCGCCUCUGUGUAUCGGAGUCCAGACAACUGUAAAGACAGGUUUGAUGAACUCAAACGACGUUUCAUUUCGCGAAACGACGAUGAUGAAUCGACGAUGGUUGAUGAACUGAAGAAGAUUCGUGUCGAGGAGCUCCGCCGCGAGGUUCGGCGACGCGACGUUUCGAUCGUGUCGUUGGAGUUGAAGGUGAAGAGAUUGGAGGAAGAGAGAGAGAAGAGCUUGAAAGAAGAAAACGAAGAUAAGAUCAAUCUUGAAGAAAACGAACGUAGAUUGAACUCACCGGAGAAGAAGAAGACUAAGAAGACGACGAAGAAGAAGAAGAUCAAUCGUGCCGUGAAAUCGAAUUCCGGCGAAGAUUCCGAUUCUUGCGACCGCGAGAAUCGAUCGUACAACGAGUCUAAUUCCACCUCUCAAAAUCGACGAAACGGCGUCGUAAAAGCCGAAACGAAACCCGAACCCGAUAGAAGAAACGAUUCGGAUCCUCCGCGACCCGAGUCCGAACCCGGAAAAGUCGUUAACGGUGAUGAGAAUGAGACUAUGGCGGCGCGAGGAGAAGAUAAUACGAAACAGAGUAGCGAUGUUCAGAGCUCCAUGAGUUUAUCGAAGAGUAAACGAAGCCGUAAAGGAAGCGGCUCCGGAGCUGGAGCCGAAACCGGACCCGCCGCUGUAAGCAGUAGCGGCGGGGAGGAGCCGGAAGGUGGUGACGAGGUUUCUCCCGCCACUAAAAAUCGAGUCUCGGCUCUUAAAUCUGAGCCGUUGGUUAAAUUUCUUGGGACCAUUCGAUCUCACCGGCUCGGCUCUGUUUUCCAACGGCGGCUUCGUACCCAGGAAUCUCAAAGGUAUAAAAACAUGAUACGACAACACAUGGACCUGAGAACGAUUGAAGCUAGACUUGAUAAAGGGGUUUACUUGAAUGGUUUCCACAAGUUCUUUAGAGACCUUCUUCUUAUAUUUACCAACGCCGUCGUCUUCUACCGGAAAAUUUCGCCGGAAUAUGCCGCGGCUCAGGAGCUAAGGAGCUUAGUGUUGAAAGAAAUGAAAGCCAAGGUUGGUAAAGCUCGACCCUUUAUUGCUAAUGAUCAUAGUAAAAAAGUUGUAGUUGUAGAGAAAACAGAUUCAUCAGCUCCCAAAUCAAACAAGUCUUCUCGAUCUAUUAUAGUAACUUGUGGUAAAAGGAGUAAUAAGUCUUCUGAAGAAAAGGUUGUUGUUGUUGAUGAUGAUGAGAAGAAGAAGAUGAAGAAGAAGAAUAAGAGUAAGAGUGAGAGUAAUAAUAACAGUACUACUAGCUCUUUUGUUUCGAUUGAUGAAAAUGGUAUUAAGAAAAAGAGGAGUGAAGAAAGAGUUAUUGGGAGGAAAAAUACAAAUGAUCAGCAUGAGUUUGGAGUUAAUGAGCUUAGUUCACAUGACACUAGUAAUCUGUUGUUAGAGGUUAGUAAUAGUAAUAAUAGUAAUAAGAAUAAAGAGAAUGCCAAGAAGAAAGCUGGGGUGGCUAAUUUCUUGAAGAGAAUGAAGCAAAACUCAUCAGAUCAUAAUAAUAAUAAUAAUAAUCAUGAUCAUAAUGUUUCAGAAGAUGAUGAUAUUAUUAGUAGUGAAGAAGAAGAAGUGGAGAAGUUGAAGAAGAAGAAGAUGGUUAUGGCGAAGAAGAAGAAGAAUGGUAAUGGUAAUGUUAAAUUGGAUGAGAGAGUAGUACAAGAGAGGGUAACCCGAAAUUCGACACGUAGUAAUGAUGGGGGUAGUAGGAAGACAAGGAGAACGGUUGGGAGGCCACCGAAGAAACCGGAGAAGGAGAAGGUGACGGUGGUGGCCGCGGCCAAGACAACGGUCACUACCAAUAAUAAAAGAGGGAGAGAUAAUAGUGAGGCUGAUGUUGGGGUUGGUGGGAGGCUUAAGAAACGUUCUAGGAGAUGAUGAUGAUGAUGAAUAUUGAAUAGUAUUAUUAGUAGUGAUCAGUAGUAGUGUUAGUGUUGUAUUAUGUAUAUUAUUUAGUAGUGUGCUAUUGUUUUUUGAUCUCUUUUAUUAUUUUGACCUUUUUAUUUUUUGUUUGCUUAGCCUAAUAUAAGAAAGGAAAUUAGGAAUGAUUUUUGGGAGUCA